AUGGAUGAUAUUGUUGAGGAAGUAGGGGAAGAAAAUGUUGUCCAAAUUGUAACAGACAAUGCUGCAAACUACAAGUUGGUUGGACAAAUGUUGAUGGAUAAAAGGAAUAAGCUUUAUUGGACACCUUGUGCAGCUCAUUGCAUUGAUAUAAUGUUAGAGGAUUUUGAGAGCAAGAUACCUAUGCAUAAGGAGAUUAUUGCUUCGGGUAAAAAGAUCACGACUUACAUUUAUGCUAUGACUGGUCUUAUAACUUUGUUGCAUCAUUACACUGAAGGAAGUGAGUUGAUAAGACCUGGAAUCACUCGCUUUGCAACAUCAUAUUUGUGUUUGGGUUGCUUGAAUGAUAAGAGGGGAGGAUUGUAUAGGAUGUUCACUUUCAAGCAAUGGAAGGAUAGUCAAUUUUCCAAGACAAAAGAUGAAAAACUUGUUGAAAAUAUAGUCACAAACAUGGACUUUUGGAAGAAUUUGAUUAUUUUCCUUAAGGGUGCUUUUCCUUUACUUAAAGUCUUACGGAUGGUGGAUUCUGAUGAGAAGGCAGCCAUGGGCUAUAUCUAUGAAGCAAUGGAUCAUGCAAAAGAGGAAAUACAAACUAGCUACAUUAACAAGAGAAAAAGGCCUUUGCAUGCUACGGGCUAUUAUCUUAAUCCAUUGCUGCAUUACAAACCUAAUUUCAAAGCAGAUAAUGAAGUGAAACAAGGAAUGUAUGCAUGUUUCGAAAGAAUGAUGGGAGGAGACAUGCAUAUGAUGAAUAAAAUUGAUGGUCAACUUGAGAAUUUUAAGAGAAAAAAAGGAUUCUCUGGGAGUGAAAUAGCUCAAUAUGGUCUAGAAAACAAGACACCAACUCAAUGGUGGGAAUCUUACAGUGAUGCACACCCAGAGUUGCAAAACUUUGCUAUUCGUAUAUUGAGUUUGACAUGCAGUUCUUCUGGCUGUUCAUACAAAGAAAAGAAAACGUAUGUUUCUAAGGAAGAAAAUGCAGAUGGUAAUCAUGUCAAUGUGGCUGAUUUAGAUGAAGAUUUGAUGCAAAGAACUUUUGCUAAAUCAAGUGCACAUGUAGAUGAAUUUGAUGUCCAUGAAAUUAUAGAAAGUGACAAUGAAGAAGGAAAUGCAGAUAAAGAUGGUGGAAGAGAUGAUGAUAAUGAUUAUGGUGGAGGAGAUGAUGAGAUUAAUGAAGAUGGAAGAGUUGACAUUAUGGAGGGAAAUCCAAAUUAUCGACGCAUUUGUGAUUUGUACUAA